AUGACCAACAUGUACAUCCUCCAGAUCACUCUCCUGUUGUGCUUCUCCACUACAGCUCUUUCCGUGAACUAUGACUUGCUUCGAUUCCGACAAAGAAACAGCAAUUUUGAGUGUCAGGAGCUCCUGCAGAAAUUGAAUGGAAGGCCUGAAUAUUGCCUCCAGGACAGGAUGGACUUUGAGGUCCCUGAGGAGAUCACACAGCCACAGGAGCUCCAGAAGGAGGACGCUGCCCUGUUCAUCUAUGAGAUGCUCCAGAACAUCUUUGGUAUUUUCAGAAGAGAUGUCUCUAGCACUGGCUGGAAUGAGACCAUUGUGGAGGACCUCCUUGCUAAAUUCUAUCAGCAGAUGGACCGUCUGGAGACAAUCCUGGAAGAAAAACUGGAGGAGGAAAACUUCACCACAGGAAAAAUCAAGAACAUCCUGCACCUGAAGAGCUAUUACUUCAGGAUUAUGGGGUACCUGAAAGCCAAGGAGUACAGCAGCUGUGCCUGGACGAUUGUCCGAGUGGAAAUCCUCAGGAACUUUUUAUUCAUUAACAGACUUACAGCUUACCUACAAAACUGA